AUGGCAAGAUCUUGGCUUGGCAAAGGCAUCGAAAAGGGAAAUUCCACCGCCCCUGAAAAUCAGCAGCUGACUUCCGAUCUCGACAAUUUCUGGGCAUGGCCGUCUUCUGACUGGGAACAGUUCUACAUCAACUGGGUCAGAUACGUUCAGACUGUUAUUCCAAAAGAACGGUUGUUGGUUUUUAAUGUGAAGGAAGGAGUCAAGCCGUUGGAAAAGUUCCUUGGCCUCGAUUUACCUGAAGACUACGUGAUGCCAUUUGUUCACGAAACCGCACAAUAUGCCAUUCUACUAAAAGAAUAUAGGAUUCGGAUAAUCAGUGCAAGCGCUAGUAGACUCGGAUAA